AAACCACAACACAAGCUCCAAGAAUGAAAACCACUUUCCAAAGUACAUCAGCUUCUUCAUCGCCAACAACAUCUCAACCAGGAAGUACUUCUCAACAAUCCACUGAUACUAUAACUUCAAUCAGCACUUCACAUCCAUCAGCUAUUGCACCUACAGCACCUCCAUCAACAUCAACUUUUACUUCAACAGAAACAAGUGCAGUACCUCAAUCCACAGAUUCAAGUUCAAGAGGUACUACAACGACUACAAGUUCAGCGCUUUCAUCACCAACAAGUCUCCGUCCUGCCUCAACAACUGUGCUAACCAUAUCAACUGCUCCACCAAGUACAACAACCGCCCUUAUAAGUACUACUCCACCUGCUACCACUACAAGAAUAACUUUAACUACGUCUACAAAUCCUCCAUCUAUGGAAUCUGUAGCAUAUCCAAGAACAACACAAGCUCCAAGUAUAAAAACCACUUUCCAAAGCAUAUCAGGUUCUUCAACACCAAUAACAUCUCAACCAGCAAGUCCUUCUGCUUCAACCACUAUCCAAACCAUAUUAGCUGUGCCACCAAGUACAGUGUCUGCUCUGACAAGUACUACUCCACCUGCUACCACAUCCAGAAUAAAUUCAAACAUGAGCCCAAAUCCACAAUCUACUGAAACUACAACAUUUCCAUCAACAACCAGAUCAAUGGUUUUAACCACUCUCCAGACCACAUCAGCUGCAGCAUCAAUUUCUCAACCAGAUGGUAUUACAAUGUCUACAACAAUCACAUCUUCAAGUACAGCCACUUCUUCAACUACAGCAUCUCCAUCAAGAUCAACUGUCUUCUCCUUAUCUUCUUCUGUAACCUCAUUACUUGCUACAAGGACACCUGCCUCCAUGUUCCAAGCAAGUAUCCCCUUCACAACCACUACUGUCCCACCCACGAGAACCAGAGCAGUGUUGUCUGCUGAAAUUACAGCUGUCUCCUCCCAUACAAGUUUGUCACCCACAACCACAAGUGCCCUGCCCACAAUACCCGGAACUGUGCCAUAUAGUGUUGCUGUAGUUGCCUCUAACACUACGACGGUCUCCUCCACACCCACAACUGUCUCACAUACAAUAUCUAGUACAGUACCAGCUGCUGCAAAUAGAGCUUCCUCCUCCACAGUAGCUGUCCUACCCAUGGCAACCAGAACUGUGCCAACUAAUGCACCUGUAGCUGCAUCGUCCACCACUACUGUGUCACCCACGACAGCCAGAAUUGUGCAAGCUACUGCUACAGCUGCCUCCUCCACUGCAACUCUCCCACCCUCAGCCUCAACUCUCCCACAUACUCUCACCAUUACAAAAUCAGCUCAAAGCACUACAAUGGUUCCAACAGAAUCUUUCUCCACCACCACAACCAGCAAAGCUCCUACAACCACAGCUGCAACAAUUACAACAUUCUCCACCUUUACUGCAACAACUACAUCAGGCACAAUAACUACAGCUACCCAAUUAUCAAGUGUUCCAGCAACAAACGCUAUGUUUACCACAAUCCCCCAUAGCACUACAUCCAUUAUGGAACCCAAUGGCACUGUGGCCCCAAUGACAACAAAUGCAACAGUGCACACAGCCAGAAGUACUCCCAUUAAAAUUUCAACAACAAUUCCCACUGCAGCUACCUCUUCCUCAAUCACAGCAGCAAUCUCCACCACUGCAACUGCACCAACCACCACAGCUGCCCUGACAAGGACAACCACAUCAGUUCCCAUCACAACAGGAACUGCCAUCAUAAAUACAACUUCACCAACAACCACAUUCACACAUCUCCCUGUCAUUACAGUUCCCCCCACCACUGCAACCUCAGCUUCCCCAUCAACCACAGCUACAAAUGCUGCUACCACCACACGAACACAGACAAUCACAAAAUUGCCAUCUUCUACAAUCACAGGUGUCUCAGCUACUACAACCUUAGCUGCCCCAAACAUGAAACCUACAAGCUCUUCAAAAACUACAACUGUACCUACAGUUUCAGCAGUUACACAGUUUACUACCAUCAGACCAGUAACAACCACUACUUUUGCAAAACAUGCCAAUACAACAACAACCACCAAUACAACCACAGGUGUCCCACCCAGCACCAUCAGCAUGGCACCAGCUAUCAGUAGCACAAAUGUAACACUCUCCAGUACUACGAGCACAGCUGCAGCUCUUACAGGAGAAUUUCUUUCCAUAUCCACUACUGUCCCCACCACUACAACAACAAAAGGACCCACCAAUGUGUCCCCCAUGGUAGUCCCCACUAUUUUAACCCCUACAUCUAUACCCACCUUUGCAACCACAAGCACUUCUCACAUAAUGAAAACCACCCCUUCCACCACACCCAUGACAGCAGCACCUGUGCCCAUGGUCACAACAGAAACCUCGACAAGACCCUCCACCACAGUUACGCCAGUUGCCCCCACUACUACAGCUUCUUUGUUUAAUAUCUCCAUGAGUGAACCUUCGACAUCAACUCUUCCUCCAACAUCUCCGGCUACUUCAGCAAAAUUGCUCACGUCUCUUGCUUCCGCUACAAUGACCAGGGCUGCUGCUGCCCCCAUCACAACAGCUUCUUCAGUUCCCAUUAAAGUAAAUGGAUCACUCAUUGCUGUGCUAAGACUUGAGUUCAUAACCACACAACAUACUCCCAGUGAAGCUGAGGUCAUCAAAACUCUGUCUACAGUCCUGGCUCCUUACAAAUCUCUGGGAAUCUAUCUAGUCAACAUCUUCAAAUUCACUUAUGAGAACAAAACAUCAGAUGCCUUUGCUGUCAAUAUCAGCUUCCUCAUCAGCAAUCUGACCAUUCCAGAAGGAGCUGAUUUAACCAAUGAAACUUACAACAAAACCCAGGAGACCAUCAAUGAUGUGUUUAAGGAUAUACUUAAUAAACAUUUGGGUGACAACCAGUCAACGUUCCCUCCAGCUAAAUUCAGAACUGAGAACAAUCAGAUCCAGGCCGAAAUGAUAUACAGCUUCAACACUGGAGACAUCAAGAGCCCAAGCAAACUACUGAAGGAGCUUCUGAACAUCACUGGAUCAGUCAAGGACAUCACAGCCACUCUGACCAUCAGUGGUCAGCCAGUGACAAAGCUUACAGCUCCCACUACAAUACCAACAGUAUCACCACCCCUUAAAAGAAACAAAGUCACUUGA